AUGUAUGCGAAGCCAAGUGUCCUUGACCUUGUGCUUCCGUUCAACUUUCAACACAACCAACAACAACCUGCAGACCAUACACCACACCACACGUUGCCGCAAUGGCUCAAGAUCAUCACGAAAGCCGACCUGAGAAUGAUGCCGAGAACGAGAGAACCCGACUGAUCGCAGUCUCGGCCCCUCCCGGCGAGUCCCGCCCAACGUCACCAGACGCCCAUACAACGGAGUCCACACCACGAGCACGUUUCAGCAUCGUCGCUACUUGCAUCUUUCUGAUUAUCCUCAUCGAGUUGGGCGCUUAUCUCGCUACGAUCCCACUCAAUCAGGUGCUCGAGGAAAUCAUAUGCCACAAUCUUCAGCGUCUGCAACCCAACGUCAAUGACUUGGGAUGCAAGGACAAGACCGUCCAGGACGAGUUGUCAAUUAUCAGAGGGUGGCAGAGCACGCUGGAUUACAUCCCAGGCCUUUUGACAGCUGUUCCGUACGGCUUUCUCGCCGACAGACGGGGGCGGGAGCAGGUGCUCAGCCUGUCUCUGUUAGGAAUCACUAUGUCCAGUGCCUUCUACAUUCUCGUUUGUGCUCUGCCUAGUGUGUUCUCUACCCGUGCAACAUGGCUCUCUGCUGUCUUCACCUUUAUUGGUGGUGGUCCGGCCGUCUUCAACGCUAUGAUAUUUACUAUUGCCGGCGAUGUUGUAAGCGUAGAGCGCAGAUCUACCAUAUUCUCCUAUCUUGCUGCCGCUGUAGUCGGAGGCGAGUUACUUGCUAGUCCUCUGGUUUAUUUUCUCAUGGGCAAAGAUGCUUGGCUCUCUAUCUACACAGGCUUAGGCUGCCUUGUCUUAGGUACUCUUGUGUCUCUCAUGCUCCCAGAAACGCAUCCUAGAGGACCAGGCCAUUGCUCUGCUGAGACUACCCAGUCGCUUCCAUGGUACUAUCCAAUCCGGUCAGAGCUAGUAAAACUGGGCAAGGCUGUAUUAUGGAUGAUGUGGAGAGAUUAUUACGUCCUCGUACUGCUCUUUACUUUCCUAUUGACGACACUGGGCCGCUUUGCGCAAGAGAUACUUUUGCAGUACGUAACGAAAAGAUACGGCUGGUCAUGGUCGCAGGUAAGAGAAUCCCCUGGUCUUCUGCUUUCUGUCAGAGCCUUCUUCAACCUUGUACUCCUCACCGUUGUCAUUCCGUCGACGAGCUAUCUUCUCAUCCACAGGUGGUCAAAGUCAGCUCAGUAUACAAACCUCGUACUGGCACGAGCGAGUGCUGCCCUGCUCACUUUAGGCGCCUUCACUAUCGGCUGCUCGGAUACAUCUGUCACAAUGGUAUUUGGCCUCGGCAUCUUCGCUCUUGGUUCAGGCUAUAAUAUUCUCAUCCGCAGCCUGUUAGCAUCUGUCGUUGAUAAGGACAACAUCGGCAUGCUGUAUACCAUGAUGAGCAUCUCUGAAACAAUAGGGGCCCUGGUAGCGGGGCCUUUGCUUGCAGCGUCGUUCCGCACUGGCAUGGGCUGGGGUGGUCCUUGGAUUAGGUUGCCAUACAUGUCAGCCGGCUUUCUGUUGGCGGUGGCGACGAUGGUUGUGUGUUCCACGAACCUGUCGCGGCUGCAGCCUAGGGAGGUUGACAUGGAUAACGAGCAAGGGUCAGACUGUUAGACCGCUCACAUGAAGAAUCUCAGCUUCAAGGACCUCAGAAAACAUUCUGUUUCUGGACUGUGUAGUUACAAAUAAUAACCAAGCUCC